UACUAAGAGGAGAGACACCAUUCGAUUGGCUUCGCCCAUGGCGGCGACGGAGGAGAAGAGCCUCGCGGAGCGGAAGCCCCGCUCCGUCUUCGAUCUCCCGCCUGGCUUCUUCGAUUCGUGCCGCCUUCUCCGCUCCCUCCAAUCCGAAACCCUUCGACGGAUCCCGGACCCUUCUCCGGUGACGGCCGAGACCGGGGUUGCCGGGAGCGUCGGCGAGAGAGUGGAUGUGGAGGUCGAGUCGGUUCGUGCUGGGGAGAUGGGGAAGGAGGCUGCCGCCUCGUCGUCUAGGUGGACGUGCAACACCUGCAAGGCAGAGUUCGAUUCUCUCCAGGACCAGCGCUCCCACUUCAAAUCCGACCUCCACCGCCUGAACGUCAAGCUGAGCAUUGCUGGCAAGAAUAUUAUCAAGGAAGACGACUUUGACAACUUGGGUGGUGAUCCUGUAUAUGAGGACUUUGAUGUAUCUAGUAUCUCUGGUUCAGAAGAUGAGUUUGAGAAUGAUCCUAUCCAUCAGAGCUGCCUCUCGAGCAAAGGAAAAGAACGUGAUAAACAAAAGCCAUGUUUCUAUCUUCAGUCAGGUGAUAUAGUUUCAGUAUGGAGAUGCUUGCUCAUGGAUGAAACUGAAGAUAUAUCUUUUGAGAACAGCAAGUCAAACCAUAUGGUAAGUGGAGAUACAUACUUAGAAGAGACAGAGUUGAUUAACAGAUUGAAAACUUUGGUUUGUGAACCUCGAGAUAGGUCACAUCUAAGGAUUGUUUUGCUUGCAAGUGGUGGUCAUUUUGCUGGCUGUGUUUUUGAUGGGAACUUUGUCAUAGCUCACAAGACAUUUCACAGGUAUGUCGUUAGAGCAAAGGCUGGCAAGAGGCAAUCUGCCAAAGAUGCAACCGGGAAAGCUGCAAAUUCAGCUGGUUCAUCUCUUCGCAGAUAUAAUGAAGCUGCACUGAAAAAGGAAAUUCAAGAAUUGCUUGUCUCUUGGAAAUCGUUCAUCGAUUCUUCCUCAUGUAUAUUUAUUCAUGCUCCAUCCAGGAGUCGUCAGAUGUUUUUUGAUGGGGAAAAGCCUCAGUUGAGUUCUCAAGAUCAUAAAAUUAGACAUGUUCCUUCGACUGUCCGUAGGCCAACAUUCAAGGAAGCUGUACGUAUAUAUCAGCAAUUGACAAGCCUGGCCUAUGAGGUAGAUGAGAAUCACAUCCCAGAGGAAGACACAUCUUCUCGUGUAUCUUGUGAAGGAAAUAGCAUUCCUCAAUCCAAUGAUUCCAAUUCCAGUGGGCACUUGGAGAUCAAGAAAUCCUCUUCUGGAUCAGGUUCAGGGGUAAUACAAGGUUUGGCAAUUGCAGUUGAGGCAGUUAAUGCAUCAUCUUAUAGGGAUGAAACAACACCUCUGCAUGAAGCAGCAAAGUGCGGUGAUGCUGAACGAACUCUUGAGCUUCUUGAACAAGGUCUAAAUCCCUGUAUUAAAGAUGGUAGAGGUCGGACUCCAUACGUGUUAGCAUCAGAGAAGGAAGUCAGAAACAUUUUUAGAAGAUUUAUGGCGAUAAAUCCUGAUAAGUGGGACUGGCAUGCCGCCAAUGUACCAAGUCCAUUGACAAAGGAAAUCGAAGAGGCGCAGGCAGCAAAACAGGCUGAGAAGGAUGCCAAGAGGAAGGCAAAGGCUAAAGAGUUGAAGAAGUUGCGGAAAGCGAAAGAAAAGGCAAAGGCCCAAGCUGCCAUUUCCGAAAAUGCUUCGGCUGCUGUUUCACAUAAUCAAGGAGCAACUGCCUCGGCUCAUAUACAGCAGUCACAAAGCAAUCAGCCUGUUUUGUCUAAAGAGGAGGAACAGAGAAGGGCACUGGCAGCAGAAAGAGAAAAGAGAGCAGCCGCAGCAGAGAGGAGAAUAGCAGCUCUAAAUGCUCGACUAACGAGCACCACGGUAGCACCAUCGAGCAGCUCAGCGCCUAAGAGCGGAGCCGGCGAUGCCAUUUGCUCCUGCUGCAGUGCCUCCUUGGAAGGCAAAGUCCCUUUCCACAGGUAUGAUUACAAGUACUGCAGCACCUCUUGCAUGCAUGUCCAUAGAGAGAUGCUGGAGGAUGGAUAGACAGACCAUACCUUUUUGUCACUUUGUCAAAUUGAUCUUAUCUUUCAGGGACCAAUUGUUAAUUUAAUUUAACUAGUUCCCAAUUCAGACAGAUUGAUUUCUUGAAUUGUUUGAAA